AGAAAUUCAUUUUGUGCAAAGUGAUUUUCAGCCAAAGUAAACCAUUCGGAAGAGACCGCACAUGUAGCAGAAAUGGAUAGACGGGAGUCAGUAAGAGGACGGCGGGCGACACUGCUUCAGUACAUGACCAUGCUUUUGUUGAGCCUCAUGACCUCCGCUGAGUCUCUUGCAGAAGUCACUCUCAGUGUGCACGAGGAGCAGGAUGCGGGCAUUUUCAUCGGAAACAUUGAACAGCAUGUCUUCAUAGAGGUUAAUGAUGGAGAAACCUUAACUUACGAACUCCUCAAUAACAGUGAAUAUGUGACACUUGAUGAGGAAACAGGAUACCUAUACACGACCAAACACAGAAUUGAUAGAGAACAUAUUUGCCCAAUAGACAACUUAAUGCAUGAAUGCAUGCUGGAACUUGAUGUGAUUGUAAAACCUGACGAAUAUUUUAAAAUGAUUAAGGUUAAUAUCAUUAUAGAAGACAUCAAUGACAAUGCUCCACAUUUUCCAGAGGAAAAUAUUGUCCUCUUCAUACCAGAGAAUAGCCCUGUAUUUGGAGCACCCUUUGGAACAGACAACACUGCCAUUGAUAAAGAUUUUGGGAUUAAUGCUAAUUUAAGCUACCAUCUUGAAAAUGAUAAUGGUUUCUUCAGUGUCAAAAAAGAAGGCUCCUUACUUCUAGUAACAGUGAAAAAACAGCUUGACCGGGAAACUCAAGACUUGCAUAAGAUGAAACUGAUUGCAGUGGAUGCAGGGAGCCCACCCUUGUCUGGAAUGGCCACCUUAAUCAUUCACGUAGAAGAUGCCAAUGACAACUGCCCAACUUUUGCCACCUUAGAUUCGAUUCUAGUCAAACUUCCAGAGAACGAACCUCCUGGCAAUGUAGUGGCACGUGUUCAGGCAACAGAUGCUGAUCUUGGAUCAAAUGCUGAGAUAAGCUAUUCAUAUAGCCCCAGAGUCUCUGAAACAUCUAAGAAAUUGUUUCAUUUGGAUUCCUCAACUGGUAUCAUCACUUUAUUGGGGGGUAUAAAUAAGGAGACACCUCUUGAGCACAAACUAACUGUUUACGCAAAUGGGGAACUGUGUCCUCCUGCCACUGCUGUUGUAACAGUGGUUAUAUCUCAGAUAUUUAUUGGGCAGCCAGUGAUAGGUAUUAGCUACAUAGCAAGUCAAGAUAACGACGGUAUUGUGUUAAAAGAGAAUGAACCUGAGAAAACUGCAGUUGCCAUUUUUGAUGUUAACAAUUCAAAGAACAUUCCAUAUGUUUUGUACAUUGAAGGGGAUGUGCCUUUUAUUUUAAAAUCCUAUGAUGAUAAAUAUUUACUGAUGACGUCAAAACCUUUGGACUUUGAACUUGAAAAAUAUUAUGAUGUGUCUAUAGUAGCCAAUGAUUCCACAAGGCCCGGUGUUCAACACAAGAAGUUUUUAAAAGUUAAAGUGACUGAUGUUAAUGACAAUCCACCACAGUUCACUCAAGAUGUGUUUGAAUUUUUCAUUGAAGAGAACAACAAAGCAGAUGCCAGUCUGGGAAAGGUGUCAGCAACAGAUGAAGACAGCGAUGAAAAUGGACUUGUCCUUUAUCAUUUGGGGCCCGAAGCGUUGCAAGUAUUUUGCAUUAAUGAGAAAACUGGCGACCUAACAGUGCGGACAGUGCUUGAUAGAGAAAAGAUGGAGAUGCACAAGAUAGAAGUGUUUGGAGUUGAUCAGGGCAACCCAUCGCUAAGCACCAGCACUACAGUGACAAUACAUGUCUUGGAUCAAAAUGACAACCACCCACAUUUCAUUACCAGUGAGUUCUCAUUUUUUAUUCCAGAAAACUUUCCUCUUCUUGGUGAAGUAGGAAUAAUUAAUGCGACUGAUGCUGACAUCGGGCUGAAUGGACAGAUUAUUAUUUCUAUUGUUAAUAGCAGCAAUGUUUUUGUGAUGGACAAUGUAAGAGGGGUGUUGCGUUGUUCAGCUGACAUAGACCGAGAAAAAGACGACCUUUAUGAAAUAUGGCUAACAGCAAAGGACAGUGGAACCCCUGCUUUAUCUUCGACUGCAAAGGUCACAAUAUUUGUACUAGACAUCAAUGACAAUGCUCCCAAAGUACUUCUUCCCAAAAAUAACUUGUCCUGUCUGCCGGUACCAGUUACAGCUAAGCCUGGGUCUACGGUGGCUGGGAUUUAUGCAGUUGAUAUAGACAGUGGAAUGAAUGCAGUGAUGAGUUAUAGGAUUAUUGGAGCAGAGAAGCAACACACAUUUAGUCUGUUUCAAAUCGAUGCCUCAACUGGAAACAUUUCUCUUCAGGAACAGAUUGUAAGCGACCAUUAUGGCAUGCACUGUUUGCUUAUUGAAAUAUCAGAUGGUGGAUUACCCAAACCUCUACAGUCAACAGUCUGGAUCAAUCUUUAUAUAAAUGAAACUUCAGGUCCUUGCACAUUGCAGGCUGAACCAAAUCUCACAAUAUCAGGACCAUUCAUAGAAAUUCAAGGACGAUGUGGCAAUCAGUUUUCGGAAAUCCACUGUUCCCAGUUAACAUUCAUCAUCGGCCUGUCAAUGAUGAUGGCUUCGACCAUGUUUUGUUUUGUCGGAACCUGCAUGUUUAUAAAUGCAAGGAGAACUAAUAAAAAGAAUUAUCGUACACAGAACUGUGAAGACAGUGACAUCCCAUUAAAGCUUAAUCAAAAUUUUAACACCAAAGACUGGGCCACAAUACAAUAAUUCUUUAAUCCAUCUUGUUUAAAAGACUAUUGCUUUUUGUACAGUGUUUAUAUGAUAAACUUUAUUUUUUUAAAGAAUAUUUAUUUAUAAAUUCAAAAU